GGAAGGAGUCAGGGGUAUGACACCGCUCGGGCUAACCCUGGAACCCACGGAGCACCUGGGAGUUCGGCAGCUCAGCUCCACAGCUUCGACGCACGGUCCCCCACGCGACGCCGUUUGACGCGACCUUGGACCUGGACAGGGGUUUGAGUGAAGAACCCACAACACGAUAUCGAUAGCGUUGAUAUCACUCUGAAACCAAAAACUGCAUUCCAUCCAGAUCAUCCCCGCCAUCUUCAUAUCAAACCAGUCACCAGCCACAGCCCAACAUGUCUGCCUUCCUCCGCUCCGUCUCCCGCGCUACCGCCCGCCCCCAGGUGGCUGCUGCCCGUGCCUUCUCCUCCACCCCCCAGCGCCCCUAUGCCAAAAUCACCAUCGUCGGCAACCUCGCCGACACCCCCGACCUCCGCGCCAGCAACAACGGCAAAGAGUACCUCCGCUAUGCCGUAGCCUCCAACAGCGGGUCUGGCGAGAACAAGAAGACCAGCUGGUUCAACAUCACCGUCUUCCCCACCAGCACCAACGCCCGUGAUUUCUACCUGUCUCUCGAGAAGGGGACCAUGGUCUUGGUCGAGGGCCAGGCGUCUAUCGACACGUACGAGGAUGCCGAGGGCAAGCCCGUCAGAACUUUGGGUGUUGUGCAGCGCGCCCUCGAGGUUCUUCGCCGCCCCGCCAACCGCGAUGCCCCGGCUGAGGAGUAA